GGCGUCGUUUUAGCCUUAUGAAGCAACGGCGUCGUUUUGGUAUCUCUAAUCAUCAUCUUCAUUUGCUUCUCAAAUUGAGAACUUAAGGGUUUAACGGAUUUAUUUUGGUCAUGAAUCAGAGUCUUUGCAAUAGUCGUUGACGUUAGAAUUCGAUAAGUAGGAUCAAAGUUCGGAAUUUUGAGUGUGUAAUGAGCUUGAAUUUGGCAAAUCCUGUAUGGGUUCCUGUAAAAGCUUUGUUAUGUAGAACAAUCAGGAGAAGGAGAAUUUUCACUGCCACUGCUAUAACUAGUUUAGCCGACAAGGGGGAAAAGGAUGAGAGUGAGCUUUUGGUUGUUGUUGGUGGUGGAGCAGCUGGAGUUUAUGGAGCAAUUAGGGCUAAAACUCUCUCACCUGAUUUGAGAGUUUUGGUUAUUGAAAAAGGGAGUUUUCUUUCUAAGGUGAAGAUUUCCGGUGGUGGUCGAUGUAAUGUGACAAAUGGGCAUUGCAAUGAUACUAUUAAUUUGGCUGGGCAUUAUCCUCGUGGUCAUAAAGAGCUUAAAGGUUCUUUCUUUUACACACAUGGACCUGCUGAUACUAUGUCAUGGUUUUCUGAGCAUGGAGUGCCACUAAAGACUGAAGAUGAUGGAAGAGUAUUCCCUGUUAGUGAUAAUUCAUUAUCUGUAGUUGAUUGUCUCUUAAAUGAAGCAAACAUUAGAGGAGUUAGGCUUGAGAGAGGAAAGUCUGUGUUAGCUGCUUCUAUUAAACCCGAUGGAAAGUUCCUUGUUAAAGUUGGGAAGCAAAGUGCUGACACGUCUGAAUCUAUAGAAGCUACAUAUCUUCUGAUUGCAACUGGAAGUAGCCAAAAGGGUCACUCUUUAGCCACUAAAUUUGGUCAUUCCAUUGUAGAUCCAGUACCGAGCUUAUUCACUUUUAAGAUCAAUGAUCCAUUGCUGACCGAGUUAGCAGGGAUUAGUUUCUCGAAAGUCCAAGCCAAACUGAAAUUAGAUAAUCCAUGCCCGGAUUUGUCUAACCUCGUGCAGAUUGGUCCUAUGCUUGUAACACAUUGGGGACUUAGUGGACCGGUUAUUCUUCGACUCUCUGCAUGGGGUGCACGGUACCUCUUUAGUUCUAAGUACAAAGGGCAUCUUAUUGUCGACUUCAUACCGGAUAUUAACAUCGAAACUGCUAAAUCUGUACUCAAAGAACACAAGCUGCAGUUUUCAAAGCACAAAGUGUCCAAUUCCUAUCCUCCUCAAUUUGGUCUUGUCAAUAGAUUCUGGAGAUACAUUCUAGACCGCGAGGGUUCUUCAAAGGACACCUUAUGGGCUUCAUUGUCUAAUAACUCCUUGAGCUCUAUUUCUGAUCUUCUUAAACAUUGUACAUUUCAAGUCACUGGAAAGGGUCAAUACAAAGAUGAGUUUGUGACAGCAGGAGGAGUUCCUUUAUCCGAGACAAUGGAGAGCAAAUUGGUUCCAAAUCUUUUCUUUGCGGGAGAAGUACUAAAUGUAGAUGGAGUUACAGGAGGAUUCAAUUUCCAGAAUGCUUGGUCAGGUGGUUAUAUCGCAGGCACAAACAUCGGCGAAUUAGCAAGUAGUAGCAGAAUAAGUUCGAAAGAAAGAAAAGUUACUAUAGGAUUGUAGUUUGCUUAUAAGAAAAGUACUGUCAACAUUUUUUUUCUUUUUGUCAAAAUACAGUUUCUAUUUAUCUAUGUAGG